AUGGAGCUAGCUAGCGGCUGUUUAAUUCCCGACAUUUUUAUCAGAUUCCUUCAAUUUCGUCUUAGCAAUAAGCUACGGCUUACAGAUGGCUACUGCGGAUCAGGGAAAGGAGGUAUGGAGAAUCCUCCUUAACCUCUCCGAAGAAUGCCAAUCCAUGCUCCAGCUCAAGCGAAUCCAUGCCCGUCUCCUUCGCCACCACAUCUCCAACCCCCUCAUCAUCUCCAAACUCCUCUUCUUCGCCGCCGUCUCUCCGCUCGGCAACCUCCACUACGCCACCCUCCUCUUUUCCCAACACCACCACCACCAAGACAUCACUCUCUUCCACAGCAGCACCACGGCCGCCUUCUUUUACAACACUCUCAUCCGAGGCUACGCCAACACCUCAUCCCCAUUCCUUUCCCUGCACCUUUUUAUCGCCAUGCGCCGCCGCUCGAUUCCUCCCGACCACUUCACCUUCACAUUCCUCCUGAAAGCUCAGGCGCGAUCCUUAUCUUCGUCUUCUAACUAUGACGCUUCCAUCCACGCGCAAGUCUUUAAGUUCGGUUGCUUGGGAUCUCAGGGAACACAUUUCCACGUCCACAAUGCGCUCAUCCAUCUUUAUGCUUCCCUAGCGCUGCCUGAUUCCGCCCAUCAGGUACUCGAUGAAAUGCCUGUGCCGCCGGAUGCCGUCUCCUGGUCCGGUCUCGUCAAUGCCCACCUCCGCGCGAAUGAUCCCGACGCCGCAAGGGCUGUUUUCGACGAAAUGAUCCCCGCGGUGCAGCUGGACGUGGUGUCGUGGACGGCCAUGAUCUCAGCCAUCUCAGGCUACGCGAGGGCAGGCCGCCCCCGAGACGCACUGCAGCUAUUCGAGAAAAUGCCAAUGCCUCCAGACGAAGUGACAAUGGUCUGCUUGGUCACAGCGUGUGGUGCUAUAGGGGACCUUGAGGCCGGAGAAGAACUGCAUAGGUACGUGGAGGCGAAGGGGCUUGGCUGGAUGGUGGCCCUCCGCAAUGCGCUGAUCGACAUGUACGGAAAGUGCGGGUGCCUGCUGCAGGCGCGGCAGGUGUUCGACGAAAUGUGCGAGGAGAGGCGUAGUCUUGUUACGUGGAACUCCAUGAUUUGGGCUCACGCCACACAUGGUGAUGCUGAUGCAGCCAUCGCACUCUUCAUGCGAAUGUCAUCCAGAGAAGGACCGAGGGUGCGGCCGGACGGAGUGACCAAUCUGGCCGUGCUGAGCGCUUGUGCGCACGCCGGCCGGGUGGAAGAAGGCCGAAAGCUGUUUGCUGAAAUGAGGAAGAGAGGUGAGAAGGUUGGCGUGGAGCAUUACGGGUGCAUGGUGGAUAUGCUUGGGCGGGCAGGGAUGCUGACUGAAGCCUGGCAUCUUGUGGAGGAAAUGCCGUUUGAAAGCAACGAUAAGGUGUGGGGUGCUCUCCUUGGCGGAUGCAGGAUUCAUGGCGAUGUGAAGAUGGGGGAGAGGGCUGUGGCGAAGCUUAUGAAGCUGAAACCCGAGGAGGGAGGGUAUUAUAUCCUGCUCAGCGCCGUUUACGUGGAAGCUGGCCGACCUGUGGAUGCCGCGAUGAUCAGGCGGUCUAUGAAUUUGAGGAAAGCUGCAAAGACUCCAGGGCUUAGCCACAGUUAAUCAAGCAUGUAUUUUGAUGACUUGGUAAUGCAACCCCAACUGGUGUGAAGCUGUGAAUGCCAUUAAUGUGAAGUGACUAUAAGGUGGAAAGAGUAAUCGAAAAUUUGGGUGCUGCAACUCUCAUCCACUACUGCUUAUGAGGCAUUCCCAAGCUUUGUUUUGUCUCCCUUUCAGACAAUUAAGAAACCCAACGCCACUUUUUGAAAGAAUAUAAGACGAGCGCAAGUACUACUUGGCGAGGAAUGUAUAUUUUAAAGGAAAAUGUAUAAUAGAGGACGCGACGCACAGGUAUGGGACUAACCUCCAUUUCUUCUAAAUAUCCGUCCUUCCAUAAAAAUGUAUAUAAUUUGUCAUUCUUACAAGAACGUUACCAUCUUAUUUGUAGUCGCCCCAAUCUUCAUAAACAGAAUUUGCCGAGUACUCCCCUAAGGGAGAGUCAGAUUUUUUUUU